CUGCUGUGGAGAGUGAUGCCACUUUGCAGCGGAAGCUCCGGCAAAAACAGCUGCAGCAGCAGUUCCGGGAGCAAAUGGAGAAACAGCAGCGAGUUCAGCUAUCUGCUCCAUCCAUUGAAAAGAAAAAUCCAGCAGAGCCACCGGUGCCGCCUUUGAAACACAGCACUCCCAAAGCUGAUGGUGCAGAUCCAAUCACCGAGAAAGACUUCCCUGCAGACAGUUUUGAAAUAUGGGAUAUGGUUCCUGAUGCAGGGGAUGGUGCUGUCAAGCCCUUGUCUAUACCAGAGUCACACCAGACUGCUGCCACACCAGUCCCGAAGAACCAGAUGGUGACCCGGAGCAGGACCCCACAAAGCCUUUGCCACCAGAAUCCACAAGCAAAAUCGCACCUCCAAACUCCCAAACUUAACCAACACAUAAUAGGAAACUGUGAUUCCUACAGGAAGAACCAGGAGUUGAAGAAAAGGAAAUUGGAUCCAUCUUAACAGAGGCUCAGGUCACCUCACCAGACUCUCACAGAGGGGACUUUAGAAAACUGCUUUUUGGCCAUGAAAUUGUUCAUUAUAUUCCUAGGGAAUGAGAUUUAUUUCCAAGGAUUUACUUGGCUUCCUUCUGAACUUUUCCAGAGGAUUUGACUACUGGAGCCUACUGCAGAUAAAGCUGAGCAGCUGGAAAACAAGUACUUUAAAAAAGCUUGUUGCGCCUCGGCGGUGGUCCCUGAGAUCGGACUUCUCCCGUUCGUGCACCUUGCUCGGCGUCCUCUGCAACCAUGUCUGACAAACCCGAUACGGCUGAGAUUGAGAAAUUCGAUAAGUCGAAAUUGAAGAAGACAGAAACACAAGAGAAAAACCCACUCCCUUCUAAAGAAACGAUUGAACAGGAGAAGCAAGCAGGCGAAUCGUAGAGACACGCACCGCCAACAUGCACUGUACGUUCCACAGCAUUGCCUUCUUAUUUUACUUCUUUAGCUGUUUAACUUUGUAAGAUGCGAAGAGGUGGGAUGAGUUUAAGUGACUGUGCUGCCCCUUUUCACAUCAGAACUACUGAAGACGAAGGCCGCACCUGCCGCUCCCAUCUGCCUGGCUGGCUGGUGGGGAAGGGGGACAACUUGCAUUUUGGUGAAGGAAUGAGCUGGGUGGGACGAAGGUGAAAUCUAGAGUUAAAACCAAGCUGGUCCAAGGGGUCCUGUGGGCUGUAAAAUGCAGUUUAAUCAGAGUGCCAUUUUUUUUGUUGUUCAAAUGAUUUUAAUUAUUGAAAUGCACAAUUUUUUAAAUAUGCAAAUAAAAAGUUUUAAAACCUGAAAAAAAGAAACAAAGAAAAAGAAAA